AUGAAUGAUUCAAAUAGCAACGAUAUUAAUAUACUCGAUCUACCUGAUGAAAUUUUACUUACAAUUCUUAGCAAAUUAAAUAUGAUUGAUGUAUUAUAUUCACUUGUGGAUGUAAAUACAAUUUUUAAUCGAUUAAUAUUUGAUUCUCACUAUAUUCAUCAUUUGAAUUUAACAGCUAAUACAUUGCUUAAUGAUUUAUCUUCGGUAGAAAAUGAAAUUUUAAUUUUCGAUCGAAUUCGCACAAAAAUUUUACCUCGAAUUCAUGAUAAAGUAAAUAAACUCACGGUUGGACCAUCUUUUAUGGAAUUUAUUUUUGAUACUGUUGAUUAUCCUCAACUUCGCUCGCUAUCACUUGUCAAUUUUCAAAAGAAAACAUUUUUAGAACAUUUAAGAGAUACUACAAUGUUUUUUCGUGUUCUUAAUGAUCAAAUAACGCACCUUAAAGUCGUAAUCGAAGAUGACAUAAUAAUAAAAGUAACAGAUGAUUUGGAAAUAAAUUUAUUUGCAUUCAUAUUAUUUUUGUGUAACUGCCUGAAGCAUUUUCAAUUGUUAUCUGGUCGACGUUUAAAACAUCCUACUUUUAAUCUGGCACCAGAACAGCGUAUAAAAUUAAAAUCAUUAAGUUUAACUCAAUUGAAAAUAAGUGUUAAUACUUUUGAUGAUUGUCUUUAUCUUCUUGAUGAAGAUCUCGAAUGUUUAUCUACAUUAAUUAUUGAUAUAAAUGAAAUUGUAGAUUCAUCAUAUAUAAAUAACAUAGUAAGCAAAUUACCCAAAUUAAAAUGUUUCUCAUUGAUUUCAUACAAUGACACAUAUGUUUAUGAUAAACAAAUUGUUCCAUUACUGUGUCGAAUGUCAAAUCUUGAAGAAUUGACAUUAUUUCUUAAAGUAAUAAGAACUCAAUUACAUUAUAUUGAUGGUACUCAUUUAUUCAAUGAUAUUCUCAUUAAUAUGCCAUUGUUAAACAAAUUUACAUUUAGUAUAAAUACUCAUGUUCUCGAUGGAGGUGUUAAAAUUGAUCUUCCAACGAAUAAUGACAUUCAAAAUAGUUUUAUCAAAAUCGGAUACAAACAAAUUGAUUCAUAUGUCGAUGUUAAUUUAUCGAAAAUUGGUGCCAAAUGCCAUGUUUAUUCACUUCCAUAUGAAUUUGAUACUUUUUUCGGUCUGACAAACUCAUUUCGACGUGGUAAUUUCGAUAAAGUUCGAUGUUUGGCCAUGCAUGAUAUACAUCCAUUUGAACAUGAAUAUUUCAAAAUUAUCUCCCAAGACUUUCCUUUUCUGCAAAAAUUAACUGUAAUUAAUUCUGAACCACAAAAAAACAAGCAACAUUCGUCUACAUUGAUUACAUUUGCUCAACUUAACGAACUCUAUCUGAUGGAUGUACAUAUUGAUUAUAUUGAACAAUUUCUCUUCGAAACAAAUACUCGUUUACCUCGAUUAAAUUAUCUUACUAUCAAUUAUGAACCAUUAGCAAUAGUUACAAACAAUUUUACAAAUAAUGCAGCACGUUUCAAUUGUAGUCAAUUACGAAACAUUUAUAUAUGUGAACCAUUUGUUCGUCCAGAAAAUUUUCAUUCAUAUUUUACUUCAUUGUAA